AUGGAUCACAAUGUAGCCGCAACCACAACCACCAUUCCGAGACUAUCACGGAUAGCCACCGAACGAGUCGCCGAGUGCAUUGAGAAUGACACUCUACCAGACUUCGAUCACCUCCUGGUGGCCUCCAGCAGCAACGACAUCUUCGAGGUGUUGCGCCGAAAGAAAAAGCUGAACCAUCGAACGCUGAAGACGAUGUGCAGCGGUUCGAAAUUCCAAAUCAAUAAAAUUGAUUUGAUGGGAAACAAGGUGGAGUCGGAGGAUCUCCUACUGUGCUCCAAUCAGAAUCUCGUCUCGUUUCGCCUCGGAGACAUUGACUAUUUUCCUAACACAAACAAGAUUCAAGUGGCAGAUGUACUCGACAUGGCACUCAACCGAACGUCUCGAAAACAACUCCGGCACCUCGAUCUCAGCGGAAAACUGCGAAUCACGUCGAGCUGGCCGAUGUACGUGGCUAAGAAACUUCCGCGUCUCGAGAGCCUAGCGUUCGCGAACCGAAGCACCGCCAACGACACACUUGCACAAAUUGGAGCCAACUUGGGGAACCUACGCUUCCUGGACAUUUCAAGCACGUGCGUCACGGAUAUCUCGUGUAUUGCCGGGCUUCAGAAUCUGGAAGUUCUUAUCAUGCACAACUUGAAUAUUCUGAAAGGAGAUGUUACCGAGACUUUAUCGAAUCUGACGAAGCUUCGAGUGUUGGAUAUCUCAAGAAAAGUGAACACAGACUUCUUGCAAGAGACAUCACAAGAUGCGCAUCUCGAUUUGGCACUGGGCAUCUUCAACAGAUCCAAUGAGGCUAUAGAAUCUGGAACCGCGACGCCAUGGGCUGAAUUAAGAGCAAUCGACAUGUCUGGAUUGAGCAUUGUGCAGUUUGGAACAGAUCGGGCGUUGGCAUUCAUUGAGAAAAUCAUUGAAGCUCAUCCAAAACUCGAACAGAUCAGUUUAUUAGCCACACCCCUCGACUCUUCUCUCAUCGAAAUUCCGAAUCGCAACCUGCGAGUGAUCAAUACAGUAUCCCGGAAAUCCAUCCUGCAUGCCCUGGAGCACUACGCAGGACUCGAUCGGCCUGCAUUCAUCACCCACACCCUUCACUCGGUGUACUAUCAAUUGCAGUCGGGAUAUGACAAAUUCUCGCAAGAAGAGCUCAAAGAGUGUCUGCGUCUUGUGUGCAUCGCAAUGCAACAGAGUCUGAGCACGCUGCCUGUUCAAAUUGCUGGAAGCGCUUGCCUCUACCAUCUUUGCAAAAUGAAGCGUAUAAAGAGAUUGUCAGUGAAGGAGGUCAUCAACUGCAUCGAGAGAUCGCUGGAUGCCGCAGAGCAGUACCGAACUAUGACUCAACUUCAGAAGAACGUGUGGCUUACGAUUUGCAACGACUACUUGCUCCACUUGGAAGGUAUCGACUUCUACCGGACCUGCAAAGUCGCUCUAGACACAAUGCUCUUAAAUCGGGAUGCCAGUGUUGAGAGAAUGACAAUAGCCAUAGUGUCGAUUGUAACGCCGAAAAUGCGACCGGCAGAAGCGAAGACGUUGACGACGGAGACGAAGUAUGUCUUCCAUUUGGUGAAGAUCAUGAACGACUACCUGGAAGCCUACAAUCGCGAAUACCGACAAGGCCACGAGCGAGACAACGACAACGCGCUCUACACACUGAAAUUCACUUUGAGUGCUCUCUGGAACCUAACUGAUGAGUGUCCGUCGACGUGCAAAGCGUUCCUAGAUGCUGGAGGCGUUGUGAUCGCAUUCAAGAUUCUUAACGCCUUCGAUUAUCACGGAACGGUUCAGACAAAGGUGUUGGGGAUCUUAAAUAAUUUGGCAGAGGUGCAGGAGCUCGAAUUGGAACAGUUGUGUAAAUACGACUACAUUGCGACUCUUAUCUCCUGCCUCGACGGAAUGUUCGACCAAGUCGACACUAAAGGGCGAUACCGCGAAGUGGAGCGAUCCUACUUCGCUGCCGGAAUCCUCGCCAACCUCCUCACCAACACCACCGGAUGGGAGAGCGAGAAGCAGCGGGAGGACGCGUGCGAGCGACUCCUAGAGCUCAUCGAACAGUAUCCAGUGCUCCCGUCAGCCAUGGUUUCCUACAAAUCGUUCGUCCCCUUCCGACGAAUUGUCCAACAAUCCAAGUCGAACGGAGCGAUUAUGUGGUGUCUGUGGGGUGUACAUCAUGUGCUGCAGCACCGCGAGAAGAACAAUGCGCCGACGUUCAAGCAUGGCUACAUCGAAAUGUUCCUGACUUCUGGUCUCCACCCGAUUGUCGAGGAGAUGGCACGUGGCAACUCCCGUCACAUUCACAAGAUUGACUUGCGCGUCGUUCACCUUGCUCGUCAAAUCUCGGAAAUCGUCGCUUCAGAAUUCCCAACCCGUCACCACGACAUCUCACCCAACACAUCGCUGACUACACCGGUUAUUCUUGCCCCUCGUUCUUAA